UUCCUUAUCAACGUAGAAUAUAGGCCAAUAUCACUUUAUUUAUCAAAUUAUCUGACAAUGGACGAAGAUUCGCAUGAAUUUGGGUUGGAAGAUGUUUUCGGUGUACAUCCGUAUAUGUACGAACCAGAACCUGCUACUGAGAACGAUGAAAUCGUUUCAAGCGAGGAAGAUUCUGAGCCUGAGGAAGAUUUCGACCUCGAAGCCGGGGAAAACGAACGACUGGAAAAUCUCGAUUGGUGUGAAUGUAGAAACUGCAGUGCAAUGCAGACUGGUAUAGAGUGUAAAUGUUGCCACGAGUUUCCAGACCUAGCCGAGAAACUCGAUGGUUUCACAUGUAUAACCCAACACCCUGGUUUUGUUGGAAACUGCUUGAACAGAGAUGUUGUGGAAGUGUCCUUCUUUGAAUUUCUACAACGGAAUGGGCCUAUUGGAGAUGAGGAACCUGUUCAUGAAACAUACAGAUAUGUGGCCUAUCGCAGACUGGCACGUUGGAUUUGGCAUCGUCUCACAAAACAUUACAGACGUGUGUUACCUUCCUGUGCAGUUACUGCUAUCAGAGCUAACUUCCCUUCUGAGGAAUACACUGGGUACAGAUAUGCUCGGAACUUAUAAUUAUUUCAUUGUCCUGAAAAUCUGGACCUGUGAGCGAGAAUCGCAUCUGACUUCAAAACAUGGCUUGCUCCUGACGAAAGUGGUGGUGGUGAGAUAUACAGUUUAUGAGCAGCAUCCUGUGCUUUCCUGUGAGAGUUGUACGUCUUGCGCAGUCGAAUGAGCUCUGUAUUCAGAUCAUCAAUAUAGUCUGAAAUAACCACAAAAAUAGACUUUUCAAUGUUACAUAUAAGAAAAUGUUUUUGUUUUGAAGUGUUUAAUAUGUGAACAUGAAAUUAAAUGUAAUACAGUUA